UCCCUUAAUGUUGUUCUGUAAGUGUCUCUGUUUGUAAAUGUGAAUCUGUGGAGCUGUCGUAAAGAAAUACGCGCUUCGACUGAUUUGGUACCUCUGCGGCUGCCGUAGAGAGGAAGUGACAGAAAACAUGGUGCUUGAGAAGAAAGGUUCCGCUCGGGUGGAGGCCGGGCAGCGCAGAGUUUUGGAUGAAGCCACCCGACAGAGGAGACUGACCAGGCAGCUGGAGGCUCUGGAGAAAGACAACUUCCAGGACGACCCUCUGUCCUCCCUCCCUCCCCCAGGUCCUACUGCCCGCCUUCCUGCCUUCAGUGAGACAGAAGAACCAGAGAAGAAGAAGAGGAAGACGAGGGGCGAUCACUUUAAGCAGCGUUUCAGGAAGAACUUCACCACGCUGCUGGAGGAAGAGAACCUGUCGGAGAGGCCGGAGCCGAACUACCUGUCUGCAGCGGCCCCUCCCUCGUCUCUGCCCCCCCGUCACUUCUGCUGUGUCUGUGGUUUUCCCUCUCACUACACCUGUACCACCUGCGGGGGGCGCUACUGCAGCAGCAAGUGUCUAUGUACUCACAGAGAGACAAGGUGUUUGAAGUGGACGCUCUAACUGCUGCCUCGUCACCUUGGUGAUGGUGAUGAUGGUGAUGAUGAUGAUGGGAUGGUGUUACCUGUUCUCGGUGGUUUACAGUUCGAAACACCUGUGAACUGUCUCAUUGUCCUGACAUAUGGGCUUCUGAUAGAGCAGAUGGACACUCACAUACAGAGGACAUAUGACGCCAGCAGCUGAUUAGCUUAGCUUAGCAUAAAGACUGGAAAUAGGUGGGAACAGCUAGCUUGGCUCAAAAGAAAUCCACCUCCCAGCUCCUCCAUGUUUUAUCUGGUUGUUUCAUCUGAAGACAAACUGAAAUGUAAUGAGCCGUUUUACUGAUUUAAUAAAUAAGAUCAAAUGUCUUAAUUAGUUCAGUGAAAGGAGCAAGCUACAAAGCUAACAUGAGUUCAAAUGCUAAUAUGAGCUGCUGUAGGAGUGUUUGACGAUGUCUGGUUAUUUCAGAGUUGUGUGUUUGUUUUGUCCACACCUGUAUCUGCACACCAGACAGUAAGAUCAGCCAGAUAAUGUACCGUGUUACUGUUGUAAAUAAUGAAUACACUUGGUUUUGUUUCAUUUUUUAUUAAAGAAAAAGAGACGUGG